AUGCCAUCUGAAAGGGAACAGUUUUUUUGUGAUAAAAAGCAAAUUAGUUUGUUAAAACACAAUGCUGCGAAGAAUUUCUCUACAGAUACUACUUUGGAAAAAGCACUGGUGAAUGAUCCUUUAAGUAUGAUGACUCAACCAGCAAGUUUGGAUGUCAAUAACUCUUACGAACUAAAAAAUGUGAAAAUUGAUUUACCCAAGGUGAACAUUCCAAAUGAAGUAUUAAUGAAACAUGAAGUUGAUAGAUAUGGAAAACUCUUUCAGUGUAAACAGCAAACUGCAAGGAAGUCAUUAAGCUUAGAGGAAAUAAACGGAAGCAAUCCCAAUUGUUCAGAGGGCAGCCACUUGCAAAAUAAACCAGAAAUGCAAUUUGAAGAAAGGUUGAAAACUACGGCAAAGAUACUGAAUUUCACUUGUACGAAGUGCAAGGAUAACAUUAGAUACAGCCCAAAUGAUCUACAGAAACAUUUUCAGCUGUUACACUAUGGCGAGUUGCCUUUGUAUCCUUGUGAGAUGUGUAACUUCUCGGCUAAUGACUUUCAGUCAUUUAAACAGCAUAGACGCAUCCAUCGUAGCACUUUAGUAAAAUGUGAGCUCUGUAAUGAUGAGCAUAUGUACACUUUGUUGGAUUUGACGAAACACUUCACAUCAAAGCAUUGUUUAAAUGGUCGCUUUCAAUGUGAAAAAUGUGGGUUUUCUACCCAGGAUGUGGGCACUUUUGUUCAGCACAUUCACAGACAUAAUGAGAUUCCAUAUAACUGUGGAAAGUGUCAUCACGUAAGCUUUACAAAAGAGGAGUUCCAGAAACAUCUUCGUGUUCAUACCAGUAUCUUUCCUUUUGGUUGUCAGUAUUGCAGUUACAGCACAUCACGGAAAGAUUAUCUUUUAAAACACAUCAUAGCUUUGCAUAGAGACCACUUAUAUGCAAAAGAAAAACUGGAAAAGGAUAAAUGUGAAAAAAGAAUAGUGAAGACUCCAGCAGGACUGAAGCUUGUGUUAAGAAGGUGUAAAAUGGGAGCAUCGAAAAAAGCACUCUGGAGACGGAAAAAAAUAAGCAGUGGAAGUGAGAAAACUGGAGAACAAAAUGCACAAGUGCUAAGAAGUGUGAAUAAAAUUCAAACAAAAGCUGAGGAGUUGAACCAGUGUAUGAGAGAUGUGGAAGCAAAUGAAGAAAAAGAUCAAAUUACAUAUACAGAAAAGCAUAAUUUCACGGGUGGAAUGCUCUCUGCUACUCCUGCGCAAUACAAUAAAACAGAUGAUAGAACAAGUUACGGCCUGGGAUUAUUGAAAAAUGCUGUUCAUGGGCCAACGGUAUUGAUGGUCAAAAACAAUAAAAUAUCUAUUCCAGCAAAUUACAGUGCUAAAUUUAUGGGAUUUAAAAUGGUAGAUGGAAAACAACAUAUUGUUAUAAAAUUACUACCUACAAGUAAGCAAAACAUGCAUUUGCUGGAUCAGAAAGCUGAUCCUAUUAAAGAUGGUUCUACAACUCCUUUGCUACAGACUGCUGGUCCCUGUGGCUUGUCUUCAGGUGCUAUACCACAUGUAACUGGUCAGUCAACCUUAAAGAAUAAUUGUCUUCACCCAUUAACCUCCCCUCCAUUUUCUUGUUCUGCUCCUCAUUCAGGAAAAACAAAAGUGGAAAAACAAAAUAACUCCUUAUUGUAUGGUAGGAGUGUUUCUCAAACUGUAGCACCUUCUAAUGUAGCUGUAGGAAAAAGUUCAAAUUAUUUGCCAAUGAAGUUGGGUUCAGUUGUACCUCCAUGUGAUGAGGUGACAAACGUUGGAACUCGAAGUAGUGUCUCAUGGGGAAGCUAUAGUCCUCCAAGUCAUCCUCAGGUAUUACCACCCACUAUUACAAAUACGCUUCACUAUGACUCUAUGAAAAUGCCCUUCUUUCCUGGACUGAAAAUUCAAAAUGGUGGUCUGAAUAAUAGCAAUGGAACUAAUAGUCUCUAUUAUUCAACUUCAGUGGAUUCUUCUAAUGAAGGGUUACUGUCUUUUCACAACUACUCCAAAAUGGACACUUCAGAUAAUCCAUGUAGCAUUUGGAUGUCAACAGAUGACAGAUACAAAGAAUUUAGUAAAACAGUUUCGUUUCAAAACAGUAGAAGUGAAUCUGCAUCUUCGUAUUCAGAGUCAAUGAGAGGCUUAAAACCAGAGAAAGUUGUAUCAGCACAAUCAAAUAUUAAUAGAACUUAUGGACACAUAAACACUAAGAAUAACUCUGUGACUUCUAAAAGCCAAUCUAAAUGUGGUCUUGAGAGCGAGUGUUUUAUGGAGGGCCAGCAUAAUGGCCAGCAGUGUUUGGACACUAACAUACAUCAAGGAUUUGAGAAUGUAGCUGAGAAAUUCCAAGAAAAUGCCUCUGAUUGUGUUAACUCGGUUUUAAUGCCUAAAAUCACAUCUGUUUUCUCAUUGCAGAGUGAACAGGCAGCUAAUUAUUUGUUGCCUGAAAUAAACCAGUUACUGCAAGAUGUGUUAAAGGUGAAAGCAACUACUCAGCAAGAAUCCCACAGCAAGUCAAAUAAUUGCAUAAAACUUCAUUCUGACAAGCUACUUUCUGGUCACGAGACAGGGAAUAAAGCCUUUACACAUUUAAAAAGCUCGGCAACUGCAGGUGGUUUUCAGAGGCUGCCUUCUAAUGCAGGCUUUAAUUUAUAUACGAAAGAGUUGAACGCAAUGGAUAGCACAAAUGAAGGUGCACAUUGUGGGAGAGAGAGACAGACACACAGAACAUCAUUUGAGUCACAGGAAAUGGAUAAAUUAUCCAUAACUCCAGGUGUUGGUACGUUCCUAAAAUCUCAUACAGAUGCAAUCAUAACACAGCAAGUAGUAAAAGAUAAAAUACUGUCUACAACCCAGAACCCUAGCAGCUUUUCACCAGUUAUUCAGGAACAGAAGAAAACCCUUUUAGUUCAGUCCCCUCCAUCAGGAUUUUUUGUUCCUUUGCACCUUGCUAACCAGCCUGGACUGCAGGUUGUUUCAGGAAAAUCUCUUCCGUCAACCAGUUCGUCAGAUGGGCAUGUGGCUAAAGGUGUACCUGCAUCUUUUGUCUUAAAUAAAGGACCUGGAAUGAUUUUGACUUUUAAUGGGGCAAUUGGAACUGUUGCAAAUGUCACUAGUGAUAGUUCUCAGGUCUUAGGGAGAGUUGCAUCCGGAGAAUAUGGUAAAAUAACCAUACCAGCUUCAAAAGUGGAGGCGAAAAAUGACAGUUUCAGAAGUGUAAGAAGUUCUUGUAAUAGGAGAGGAUGUAGUACAGCAAAUGACUCAUUGAAUGGCAUGCCGUUCAAAGGGCCUCUUGUGAUUAUGAACUCAUCGGAGUCAACUGUGAAGGGAAUUUCUUCUGUGAAGGUGUUACCAGAGCAUCAGGAUGCUGUCUUUGGUUCCCUGGAGUCAGUAAGCCAACACGAAAAUAAACAGAAACAAAAUGUUAAUGCACUUUCACCUGACAAACAGCAGGCAGUUUUUCUGAAAUGUAUGACAUCAAACAAGCCUGUAGUUCAUAAACAUAGUGUUUUUCAGGAUAGUACUCACUAUCAAAAUUGUCAACCAAAGAAAACUGGAGCCAUGCAACAAAAGCUUUUGCUGAAAAUUAAGACUUCUGCUUCAGAUACGCUGGCUGAUGCCACUCAGUCAGUAAGCAACUCGGUGCCCUCACUACAGUUUGAUAACUUGCAGUCCCUUACUCCUGCACUAGCACAGAAACAAACUAACCUUACUUCUAAUGAUGCCUUAAUCUUACCAGGUAGGUUAAUGCCAGCAAAUGCCUCUUCGUCAAGCUCUAAUCAAGCAUGUUGUGUUCCUGCUGUAGAACCUGUUUAUUCUAAGUCUGCAGGGACACGGUUGCAAAAAGGUUCUGUUGAAAGUAUGCAAGUAAUUGCUAACAAUAGGAAAAACUUUGGUAGUCAGAAGUCCACAUGGAGUACCCGAAAAAGAACUGCAAAAGUAAAACCUCGUUUAAAACAAACUGGGUCUAAAAGUUCAGAAGCUGUGGGUAUACAAAGAAAGAAUAAUUUCAAACGGAAAAAGAAGGAUAAUUGUCCAGAGCCUCCAAGAAAGAAAGUAACGUUGCACAGAAAGUGUAAGGAAAAGAAUCAAGCUGAAGGUGUUAGUGAAUCAGGUGGCCCUUACAAACCAAGGGCAUCAAAAGAAACUGUGAGGACUUUGAAAUUACUUCCUUUUAAUUCUAAACAACUUGUAAAAUGCCCUCGGAGAAAUCAACCUGUUGUUGUGCUUAACCAUCCUGAUGCAGAUGUUCCAGAAGUUGUAAAUGUAAUGAAAACGAUUGCUAAAUUUAAGGGACAUGUUCUUAAGGUUUCAUUGUCGAAAAGAACUAUCGAAGCGCUUCUGCAGCCAGCCUUCUGCAAUCCUUUGGACGUAACUACUGAUAAUCUUUCUCAGAAGAGGCACAGGAUAAUAAAACCUAUUAGCCCUGUAAAGGAAAGAUUUGUCUUAAAAUUGACACUGAAAAAGACUAGCAAAAACAAUUACCAGAUUGUGAAAACUACCUCUGAUAAUACCUUGAAAGCUAAGUUUAGCUGCUGGUUUUGCGGUAGAAUAUUUGACAAUCAGGAUAAUUGGGUAGGACAUGGACAGAGGCAUCUGAUGGAGGCUACUCGAGAUUGGAAUUCAUUAAUGUAA